UUGGAUCACUUUUCAAUCACUUCGGCACGUAAACAAAUCGAAAUUUUCCUACGAUAUUUUCAGUGAAAAUCAACCUAAAGUGCUUAAUUUUCGCCUUAUUUCGAGUUGGAGUCGAGCACGGUUAAACGUUGGCGUGUGAACUGAUGUGAAAUACGUGCAAUUAGUUGCUAAACUGUGCUCAAACCGUACCGGAACGAGUUUUGCAUAAGCACUCCUUCCGAAGUUGAAGUGGACCGAAUCGGCGGCAGCGGCAAAAGAAGAAGAAAAUCUUAUUUUCUGGAAGAUUUUUUUUUCUCUAAAUUUGCAACCAGAUGUUCCGCCCUGCUGCUGCUUCUGCUAUUCCCACUGCUGGCCUGUGAGGUGUGCGUCGGUUUCGGUAGUUCGGGUUGACAGAAUAGUUUGAUCCAAUUCGGGUGAACAACGCUGAAGACGAAAAUGCUGACGCACAAGAACAAUCAGGGCGGACGGAAGAAGAUGCAGGUAUCCUUCGUGAUCCGGGACGCGGAGGAAAAGCGGCACCGGAACGGCGUCAACGCGCUGCAGCUGGAUGCAAUCAACGGACGGCUCUAUUCGGCCGGUCGUGAUGCGAUCAUCCGCGUGUGGAACUCGACGCAGACCACCUCCCAAGAACCGUACAUCCAGAGCAUGGAACAUCACAACGAUUGGGUGAACGACAUUGUACUGUGCUGCGGGGGACGGAACUUAAUAAGUGCCAGCUGUGACACGACGGUCAAGGUAUGGAACGCCCACAAGGGCUUCUGUAUGUCGACGCUUCGGACACACCGGGAUUACGUUCAGGCGCUAGCGUAUGCCAAGGAUCGUGAACAGGUGGCCAGUGCGGGGUUGGACAAGGCGAUCUUCCUCUGGGACAUCAACACCCUGACGGCACUCACCGCUUCGAACAACACCGUUACAACAUCCAGCAUCACCGGAUCGAAGGAUUCGAUCUACAGUCUGGCAAUGAAUCCCUCCGGUACGAUCAUCGUGUGCGGUUCCACCGAGAAUACCCUCCGAAUCUGGGACCCCCGGACGUGCAACAAGAUUGCCAAACUGAAAGGCCACACGGAAAAUGUGAAAGCGCUGGUCGUGUCCGAGGACGGUACGCAGGUCGUAUCCGGUAGCUCGGAUGGCAAGAUAAAACUGUGGAGCAUCGGGCAGCAGCGGUGCAUCCAGACGAUCAGUGUUCAUUCGGAAGGGGUUUGGGCCCUUCUGAUGACGGAGAACUUUUCCCACGUCAUCUCCGGCAGCAGAGACAAGAAGAUCGUCAUGACUGAGCUGCGCAAUCCAACGAACAGUGUGCUGAUCUGCGAGGAACGGGCGCCGGUGCUCAGUUUGUGCUACAACAUCGACCAGACGGGCAUUUGGGCAACGACGUGGAACAGCGACAUCCGGUGUUGGAAGCUGAACAAAACGGAAAAGCUGAGCAGCUACAAUUACAGCACUAGUAACAGUAGUAUCAACAGUAGCAGCGGUACUGCUGCUGUUGCUUCUGCUUCUGCUUCUGCUACAACGGCAGGUGACGCUGCACCGGUAACGAAUUCGACAUCAUCGACGGUGAGUGCAGCUGGAACGAGUGCUGCUGCUGGUGCUGCUACAACGUCAGCAGUAAGCACCGGGCAGAGUAAGGGAUACGAAGUGGCAUGCAUCAAGGGAGGGGCGGCCAUCAAGAAGUAUCACGUACUGAACGACAAGCGGUUUAUGCUGACCAAGGAUAGCGAACAGAAUGUAGCAAUCUACGACGUGCUGAAGGUCAAGAAGGUGGAAGAUCUGGGCAAGGUGGACUACGAGGAGGAAAUCAAGAAGCGCAGCCAAAGGGUGCACGUUCCCAACUGGUUCACGGUGGAUCUGAAAACGGGGAUGCCGACGAUCGUCCUCGGUCAGGACGAGGUGGAUUGCUUCGCGGCGUGGGUCUCCGCCGAAGCCGGCCUUCCGGAGCACGCCGAAUCCGGUACCGAUCCGAAGGUCAACUACGGCAGCCUACUGCUGCAAGCGCUCCUGGAGUACUGGAAACCACCGCCUCCCCAUCAUCACCUGCAAGGUGGCCCGGACAUGGAGAAUGGCUGCGACGGAGACAUCCGCGGCAACGAGUACUUUAGCGUCCCGAAACAUACACCGAUCAUUUUCAGUGAAGUCGGCGGCCGGAAUGUCUGCCGGCUGCUGGUGAAAGAUGCCGUCGGCGAAACCGAAAGUGCACUGCUAAGCGAAACGGUCCCAACCUGGGUAACGAACGUAGUCAUCGAACGGACCAUUCCCAAGUUUAUCAAACUUCCGUUCUACCUGUUGGCGCAUCCGUCGAUGUUGAAGCAGGACCGCAGUAAAAAGGAACGCCUGAUCGCCAACGAGUUCAUCCAGUGCCGGAAGGUGUGCGAGCAUGUGCUGGAGAAGGUGUUGGGUGCGGACCUCCCGGCCAGUACCGGUAACUCCAACUCGUCCCAGAACAACAGCCAAAGCGAUGCCAACUCCGAGGGCAGCCAGGUUCCGGCCGAGGAACGGAUCGAACUGCUUUGCAACGAUGUGAUUUGCGACCCCAACAUGGACCUCCGGACGGUGCGGCAUUUCAUCUGGAAGCAAUCGUCCGAUCUCACGUUCCACUAUCGAACGAAGUCAAACUAGAUUCUAGAAUAAUGGUUGAGUGGUGUGAAAUCGCGGUAGGAGCGAUACCCGCUCGAGUCCCUUCUGAUUUCCGCGGCUUGUUUCCUUUUCCUUUGCUAGGUACCUACUAUAACAUAAUAGGAGAGUAUUGUUUGGAGAGUGAGAGAAUGCAUGAUAGAAAGAAGCCAGUAGACGAGCGUCUGUUAGAUAGGAUUUAGCAAUGUUAUCAUAAUUUUAUUAAGUUAUUUACGCACCCAAGGGUGCAAGUUUUAACGGCGUAGUAUUCCUAACAGAGGUUCCGAGUAGUAGCAGCUCGCAUUUAUCAACUUUUUGUUUGUUCGAUCUUCUUCUACUUCAGAGAGACUGCGCAUCUAUACGUGAUCAACUUAUUCCAGUGUACUAUUUUAGGCGUAUUUUUUCCCUUUAGUUUCUUCCCACCACGCAGUUAGUUUCUUUCCUAGAUUCGCGGGAGUGCAUGAGCUUGAGUUGAAGUGGUUAUAAAACAAGGUCCAUUCGAGGACGCGACGAUUGAUCAUUGCCAAUCUAUUUAGGGAAUCGUAGAAUGAGGAAAAGGUAAGAUCUUGGAAGCUUUCAUUAUAGUAAUACAAAACUCAUAGAAAUUCGUAGGGCUUUGAGCUGAGGAGAUUGAAUUAAAUUCUAUACUAAUUAUUACAAUUAUGAACAGUAAUAGCAAACAGGAAAAUAAGAAAAGAAGUAGCAUCUUAUAUGGUACGUCAUGGCAAAGCAGAGGAAGCAAAUGAAUUACAACUGUUGCGAACGAAGCUUUCGGCUACGUGGCCCGAAGAGAGGUAAUCUGGAGGAAAAUUAAAAGAAAAAGUAUAUAGAAUAUAUCCUCUGUCAAUCAAA